GCUUCUGCUAGAGUAGUGGUAGUAGACUAAUUAGUAAAACGAAUAACGAUAAGUUCCGUGAUUUAGUGAUUCACUGUUGGAAUUUGUCAUCAGAUUAGUAAUUAGAGUUACUAGGAAUAGUAUUUUCAAUUGAGCUAUGUAAUUUUAAAAUCUGUAUUCUAAUUACUUUGAAUAUUUAGUUUGCAGAAGUGUGGAGAGUUUUUAAUGGAAUAAUGUUUAUUAGUGAUCCCACAAGAGUAAAUAACAUCGUAGUUAACAGUCAUGCUCCAAAUAUCGGCCAAUCAUUUUGAAAGUCAUGGGUAUAAAGAAAAAAAGAAAUCGAAUUUCAUUUGCAAACUGUUUAAACGCAAGAAAACUCUUAUUGAAAAAAGCUGUGUAAAGAUUGAGAAUACAUUUUUCUCCAAAAUGGACCAAGGCGACAACGAUUCAGGUGUGGGAGUGACGCGCGUACCGUCGACACUGUCGGUGCGUGAUGUGACGGUGGUGCCCUGCACCCCCUCCCCCCACCCCUCCACUCCUGCACGGCUCAGGGACAUAGACACCGACAUGGAGGCCUUACGCAUCUCCCGCCACGACAAUCCCUUCCUCAAGCAAGUGCUUGCCAGCCGGGAAAGUUUAGCAGACAGCCUGGAAGAGUCAGAGUCUGACGAUAUCAACUUAAUGUCUCAGGAGUUCUCCGGAGACUUUGGGACUGAUCCAUUCUCUCUGCCGGAGGUCCACCAGCACAUGAUCCGGUCCCCCCCACCCACCUCCUGGCCUCGCUCACCCAACUUCAAAAUGUUCCGGUUUCCCACAGAUGGGGAUCAAGACUCAGCUCAGGAGAGUCCACACAGGAGGAGUCCUUCGAGGAUUUCAGUUUCUCCUAGGCACGAUAAGUCAAGUGAGAUCUUGCAUGUUGUUUUAGAUGGUGUAGAGACUUGCUUUAUUUCAGAAGAGAUCGGAAGAGGUUCUUCCAGUUGUGCUGUUUCCCCUCGACUGAGUCUCAAUUUGAGGCCACAUCAAAGGUCCAGCAGUGGCGAUAGCAAAGACAGAAGUUUCUCACUGUUGACGCCUGCGCCACUGAGGUCACUGUCAGAUGUACGACGUCUACAUUCCCGCUCGUGUGAGGAGAGUCAACAGCUGGUAGUCACAGAGCCUGCUGGGAAACAUUAACUGGAGUGCUGGUCGCUCUACCUCUACUAGUCAACUGUACAGUAUGCAACCGUAACCGUUACGGCUAUAACUUACUAUUAAGUCUACAGCAUGUACAAUGUUUUAUCAAUGUUAACCAAAACAGAUAGUGUUUGGAUAAAUUAUUAGGUUGUGUAAAUUCCACAGGUUGUUUGUAGUAAUUUUAUUGAAAUUUUAAAUCCCUAACUUCUGUGCAUUAUUAAAGCAAAUCUUUAGUGGUUUUAAACUUUUGUAACAUAAUAGCGUAAUUAUUGAUCCUGUGUAACUGUACACAAUAAGGGUUAUUGGUCUCAUCAUGCUACAAAGAGUGAGAAAUAAAUACAGUAUUGCAAUAAUAGUAAAAAAAUGUAUUAGUGAUUUUUUAGUUCAGUUCUGGUUUAGUUCUUUAUAGAAAACAAUAUUUGUUCUAAUAGUUCUAGAACUUGAAAUUAAACAUUACUUUUUCACAACUUAGGGUGUAAUAAAGAGUGUGAAUACAUACUUCUUUAGGAAACCUGUAGGAUUUUCAUAUAACAUCAAAAUAAUAUGCAUUUUUAAUUGCCUUUAAAAAUGAAUUAUAUUAAAACUGUUAUAGCAUUAUACUUGUACUCACAGGUAUUUAUCUGAAUUUGUUUGCCUAGCGUAAAAAAUUAAAUUAUAUUUUUUAUUUGAGUAAAAGUAGCAUUAAAAGUUUUUAUUAAAUCAACUUUAACUGGUAAAUGGAAUGGAUUAAUUAAAUUGUAUUAUUACAAACACUGUAUGUAAAUUGAUGCCUAAUUAAAUAUAUUACAUUAUAAAAUUCAAUUUGUACUUUGUUAUUCCAUUUAAAAUUAGAAGACAAUGUUAUUCAUUUGUGAUUUAUUUUAAAAUGGCUAAGUUAUUUUAAUGACUUAAACUCAUUACUGAAACUAUACUAUUUAUUACUGUGUAAAGAAGAAUAUUUCUUAUUUCAACUUGUUUUUGUUUACAACCCUAUUUUUAGAUUAACAUAUUAAGACUAUUUUAUUGACAUUGUCCUUAAACUCUAAUAUUAAUACAUUUUAUUUAUACAUUUUCUUUCUACAUUUUUAUUCUACUUACUCCUAACUACUUUCUUCAGUAAUUCUAAGUAAAAAAGCACAGAAAGUAUAAUCAUGACACAUUUUUCAGAAUUUUAGUCAUUUUUUUUAUAAUGAUUAUCUUGACAAAUUUAGGUUUUAUAACCACAGGAUUUCCUAAAGUAAAAACCUAAUAUUUUAUUUCUAAAGACAUAACUAAAUUGUUCUCUAUUUAAUAUUCUAUAAUUUUAGCAUUUAUUUAAUUUAUUUGGCUUAAGUGAUAUAACGACCAAAGAUCUUUCGAAUAUUUAUUUUAUUUUAUUUGUUUUAUUUUUGAAGAAUACACUUCUAUUAAGUUUGAAUGACAUGUUAUUUGUACAAUUUUGUAUUUCACAGCAUAGAUUAAAAAAAAAAAACAUGACUCGAGGAAAC